CACAGAAAUUGUACAUUUUUAACAAAACUCUCGAGACCGGAUAUGUCAGAGUGUAAACUCUAUACUGUUUAUGUACUAAUAAUUCUUUUGGUUGCACUUACAAUUUUCACUAUUCGAUAUGUCUGGAAGUCUUCGCUUCAGUACGGGAAAUUUCUAGUUCGGGACAAGUCUGUAACAUAUGUCUCAGCUAAGAUUGGAUGGUUUCUAAUGGAGCUGCCAUCGUUUCUUGUACCUGUGCUAUUGCUUUAUCAAUCGGAUAGCCUGGACAGUAUGGGGAGCAAACUCCUCUCGUUUAUGUUCUGUGCGCACUACUUUCAUAGGACAUUUAUCUAUGCAGUUAGAAACAAUGGAAGUCCUAAAGCUCUCCACAUCUUUCUCUGUGGUUGUUUAUUCUGCACUCUUAAUGGCUACCUUCAGGGACACAGCAUGAUCUACUGCACUCACUAUGAUGACAACUGGACCACUGACUUCAGAUUUAUCUCAGGUGUUGCGCUAUAUUUAGUGGGUAUAUCAAUUAACAUUCACAGUGACUACAUAUUACUGGCCCUAAGGAAACCUGGUGACAUGGGAUAUUAUAUUCCUCAAGGUGGGUUGUUUGAAUAUGUCACGGCAGCCAAUUACUUCGGUGAAAUAGUGGAGUGGUUUGGUUAUGCCAUUGCAACUUCUACUUUGCCAGCCUUUAUUUUUGCCAUUUACACUGCCAGUUAUUUGGGAAUAAAUGCUUGGAAUCAUCACAGAUACUAUCUGGAAAAGUUUGAAGACUACCCAAAAUCAAGGAAAGUUCUGAUUCCUCUCAUAUUUUGACAUAUAGACAUCUGGAAAUAACUAGAUUAAACUCAGGAUACAAGCUUCAGAUCAAACCUGAUAUUUUGAAAAUCAAAAUUAAAGUUACAAGGGAUAUUUGACUUGAUUGUACGCUUUUUCUAACAGAUUUAUAUGGUUAUAUAUUAUAAUUGAUGACUACUGGUGAUAAAAAAUAGACAUUUUUUUCAAUACCCAUACACAGUCAAGUGCCAGGUUCUUUCAGUUUUGAGAAACCAUCAGAUCAAUAAAGAACUUCUCACCUACAGUUUGGUCUUGAAUUUCCUCAGGAGCUCACAGUGGGAGAUUGAAGGAACUGCUGGGUCAGCAGCAUAAUUGGCUUUACUUUAAAUUUAAGUUUUUAACUGACAUUUCAGCAAUCAGCUCACAUUGGUGGUGCCUACUUAGGUCUAGCUGUGAUUCGGUGAUAACACUGUCACCCCUGAGUCAGAAGAUCAAGGAGCUUGAGGACAAAUUCUAGGUUAACUCUCCAGUGCAGUACUGAGAUCUUUCAGAUGCUAUAAAAGAUUCCAGGGCACAUUUUUGAAGACCAGAAGGGUUAUCCCUAGUGUUCUGACCAAUAUCUAUACCUCAAACACACCUGAAAAGAAAGGUUAUCUCGGUGCUUUUUGUGCAAGCUCGCUGUUUGGAAAUUGGCUCCUGCGCUCCCUAAAUUACAACAGUGACUACACUAUAUAAAAUAUUUCAUUCGCUCUCAAGUGAUUUAGGAUAUCUUGAGAUCGUGAAACAUGCUAAGGAAAUUCAAGUCACUGUUUAGAUUUUUACUUGCCAGUAGAUUAAGUGGUGUACCAGGCAGCACUGAUAUGGCAGGUUCCAUUGAAGUCUGAGAGGCUUUGGUGUACAGAGUUGCUGUCUCUGGGCUCUGCCCCUUUGCCUCCUAAGGGCUGGAUGGAGGUUUUUGCCUCUUACAAUACAACAGGAAACCCUUUGAAAUGGUAGAAACUUGGUGCAAUUGGGACUUUACCAUUCUCCUCGGGGUUCUGUCAGUUACACACUGAAAUCUGCUGAUAGACUUACAGAAUCCCCACAAAUCAUAGGCUCACGGUAUACAAAUUAUGUAAAUUAUUUUUCCAUAGAAAGAAUUAGCAGGAAAGAGUUGUUUUUGAUUUUAAUAUUUUUAAGCAAAUAGUAUUCUCAAAGGCAUCUAGGUAAAAGAUGAUUAUUGAGCUAAAUGGAUGUUGUUUAUUCAUAGAUGAGACAAACGGUUAUUUCUUAGCUUGUCUUCAGAAAGAAAUGAAGAGAUUGAUUGACUGAAUAUUUAAUUAACUUAUGUGGCAUUUUUCCUGACCCAAAAAACUUAACAGUCCAUGAAGUACUUUUGGGGCAGAAUCAGCCAUGGGUCAGAAUACAUUACACUGCACUCUUAACUAAAUUAGAGGCUUUACAGGAACCAAUCCAAAAUUACCCUCAACUUCCAAUGGGUUCACUUCUCCCCAUUUCACUGAGUCAUAGGUUGAAAGCCGUUUCCCUCAGUUUUCUGAGGAUCCCUGAACCAACUUUCAGCAGCAAAGUUCACUCCAGCAAUUCCUUCUCCAGACCAAAUCUCUUAGUGUCUUUAAAUUUCCAUGGGUUCCUUCUUAAGUCUAGUAAAAUUAUGACCUGAUUGGGGAAAUAUUCAUUGUUUUUGCAAUACCAUGUGAAGACAUGUUGUACUGUUUGAAUAAAUUAAAUCUGAUCAUAACUGUACAUUUUUUAGUAUCCUUGCUCUGCAUGUUCAUUCACUCUGAAAUAAAACAGUUCAUUGAUUCAUAUCAAA